AUGCCGAGUGCUAGCGGCCCAUCAUUUCCACCGAAAGAGGAGGCUGGUGCCAUUGUGUUGGCCCCGAAAAAGAGUCCUGCUACAAGACAAGGAAAAGAAAAGGUGCCGCGAUGUUCCCAAGCGUAGUA